AACUCUUGAAAUGAUUUCAAUUAUUAUAAUAAUAAUGAAAUGAAAAAAUGUGACAUUUCUUUGCUUAAAUAACUUUCAACAAUCUUUGUUACAACCCCAGUUACAGUUUUUUUAAGGGAGACAAAAAGACAGGAGAAAUGGGUUUUAGAAAUGUUGAAGAAGCAAUGAUAUCAUCAGGUGAAGAAAGCGAGUCUGUAAAAGAGAUUGCAUUAUUUGCAGGAUUGUUAUCUGGGUGCAUUGUGAUUGGUCAUUUACUUGAAAAAACUAGGUGGUUGAAUCAGUCAAUUACAGCACUUUUGAUUGGCCUAGGUACGGGCUGCCUUAUUUUACUAACUUCUGGUGGUACAAACUCCCGGAUAUUGGAAUUCAAUCAAGAGUUUUUCUUUAUAUAUCUCCUUCCACCAAUUAUCUUCAAUGCCGGGUUUCAGGUGAAAAAGAAACAGUUUUUCCGCAACUUUACGACUAUCACGUCAUUUGGAGUUAUUGGUACUUUGAUAUCGUUUGCCAUCAUAUCGUUCGGUACCUCACGCCUGUUUCCUAUGCUGGAUAUUGGUUACCUCGAGAUUAAGGACUAUCUUGCACUUGGAGCUAUAUUUUCUGCAACAGAUUCUGUUUGCACCUUGCAGGUGUUACAUCAGGAAGAAACACCGCUAUUAUACAGUUUAGUGUUUGGUGAGGGUGUGGUGAAUGAUGCCACAUCUGUGGUCCUUUUCAAUGCAAUCACGAAUUUUGACCUAUCCGACAUGAACCUACAUAUUGGUCUCAAGUUUGCUUGGAAUUUCUUCACAUUGUUCAUCUUAAGUACCUUUUUGGGAGUUUUUGUCGGGCUGCUCUGCGCAUUUAUCAUUAGAACCUUAUAUUUCGGAAGGCAUUCAACUGAUCGUGAAAUUGCUCUCUUGAUGCUCAUGGCAUACCUCUCAUACAUUACAGCUGAAAUGCUCAACUUAAGUGGAAUCCUUACUGUUUUCUUUUGUGGGAUCGUAAUGUCGCACUACGCGUGGCAUAAUGUCACCCAUAGAUCACAAGUAACUACAAAGCAUACUUUUGCAACAAUGUCAUAUAUUGCCGAAGUGUUUAUCUUCCUGUAUGUUGGUAUGGACUCACUGGAUGUUGAAAAAUGGAGUUUUAUAAAUGGCAGUCCUGAAAAAUCUAUCUGGGUAAGUCUUAUACUCCUUGUGCUCAUAAUGGUGGGAAGAGCAGCUUUCAUAUUGCCUCUAUCAUUCUUAUCCAACUUAAGUCGGAGGGAAACUGCUGAAAAAGUUGGGAUUAAGCAGCAGUUUACAGUUUGGUGGGCUGGUCUUAUGCGAGGUGCCGUAUCUGUUGCACUUGCUUAUAAGAAGUUUACUGGGUCUGGAAAAACGGUUCAGCCUGCAAAUGCACUUCUGAUUACCAGCACCAUUUCUGUUGUUCUUUUCAGUACAGUGGUAUUUGGAUUGCUGACGAAGCCGCUUAUAAGGUGGUUGCUACCUCAAUCAGACGAAUCGGAACCAUCCAGCCCUACCUCAUCAAGGUUGCCACUUUUAGGGAACAAACAUGAACCUGGCAAUGAUGAUCCAGAAGCUGAAACCGAGGGUGGUCAUAGAACACUAACAACCAAGCCGAGUCUUGUGAUGCUGUUGAACAGUCCUACAAACACAGUUCAUCACUACUGGAGAAAGUUUGAUGAUAAGUUCAUGCGUCCGGUUUUUGGUGGUAGUGGAUCCGUGUCAAAUGCCACAGGAACCCGCGACAUGGGUAUGAUACACUAACUUUGGAAUGUGUUUUUGUACAUAGUUAGCAUAGACUCUCAUGAUUGAUAUUAUGGCUAUUGUUAACUUUUCUGGAAAUAUAAAUGAUAGUAGAAAAGUAUAUUUUUGUUGAA